AUGAGGCACUUCCCCUUCCCGUCGGAUUCGCUAAAAUAGGAUUAGGGUUUUCAUUUUCUUCCAUUUCAGUGGAGUAAACGGUAAAUUGCAUUUCCAAAAACCGAAACUGAACAGCGCUUUUAUUCAGAUGUUUGGAAUUGGUAACAAUGGCGCAACAAGGCAAUUGUAUUGCAUCAGACUUAAGCUCUUUUGUUCCACAACAACUACAGCAAAUGCAGAGCCCAACUUACUGUCAGAAUUUCUGGUGAAUUCACUUGGCUUCUCCACAGAAAAAGCUAUUUCUGCUAGCUCCAAGGUAACUUGUUUGAAACCCAGAAAUAACCACAAACCUGAAUUAGUUGUUAAUUACUUCAAACAAAUCGGUUUAGACAAUGCCCAGAUCAAACUGUUGGUCUCUCCUGCACCUAGGUUGUUGUUUGCUGACGUGGACAAAACCCUUAAACCCAAAAUUAAGGUUUUUCAAGAACUUGGCUUUUCUGGGCCCCACUUAGUUAAGGUCCUUUCAAGAAGUGGGGCUUUUCUCAGAACAGGCUUGAAUACAGGCAUUAGACCAAGUAUUGAAUAUCUUAGGAAAUUAUUGGGAACUGAUGAUUCUGUAGCUAAGGCUAUUAAGAGAACUCCUGGAUUGCUUAGCUAUCCUCUCCAGAGAGUAAUGUCACCUAAUAUAUCAUUCCUGCAAAAUCUUGGAUGUUCGACUUUGGAUAUUCAAAAGCUUAUUCUUAGGAAUCCGAGAAUUUUUGUGCAAAAAACUGAAUGGCUUGAGGAUAUUGUGCAAAGAGUGGAAAAAGAUUUUUGCAUUCGUAGGGAUUCUCGGAUGUUUUUCUAUGGAGUGGAAAUGCUUUCGUCGCUUAGUAAGUCGAAUUUGGAAAUGAAACUUGGAAUUUUCAGGAGUUUUGGCUGGUCUGAUUCUGAUAUUAUUACGAUGGUGCAAAGGCUUCCUUUAUGUUUGACUACGUCCGAGGUUAAGCUUAGAAAUAUAUUGAAAUUUUACGUGGAGGAGCUUGGGUACGAAACUAGUUACAUAGCUUCUCAUCCCACUCUCUUAAUGUUCAGUUUUGAGAAACGGGUCUUGCCAAGGAAUAAAAUCUUGAAACUUCUAAAGGAGAAGCAACUGAUAAAGAAAGUGCCGUGUUUUUAUACGGUUAUCAAGUGUUCUGAGUCGGAGUUUUUAGAAAAUUAUGUCAUGCCCUUAAGGGAUGAGAUGCCUGAGGUGUAUGAUUUUUACAUCAAAGGUCGAAACUAAGAUAGUAAGUUUAUUGUUUUCUCAUACAAGGAUUUCUUGGUUUAUGAGUACUGUUAGUUUUAAUUGUAAUUCUGGCUGCUAUUGUGCCAACAUUCAUUGAUGAAACUGGUGAUUGAGGACAUUAUCAUUCCGAAGUCAUGUAAUCCAUUUUGGUUUGAUAACAGAAAAGUGAUAACCCUUUUGCUGUUUGGAACAUCAAUGAUCUGAAUGCAUGUCUUAACUAGGGUGAUUCUCGUUUACUAUUGAGCAUGAGGUAUAAUUUCUCCUUAAGACACUAAUGCGUAAACCAGGGGAGGUGAGCAAAUACUUCAGAAGAGAUUGUUAUAAAUCUCUUACAUUAGCCUGGUUAAGCUUGGAUCGCAGUGUCUAAAGGAUUACUUUAUCAAAAAAAAAAAAAGGAAAAAGUCACAUGAGGAAGAGUGAGAGGGAGAAAUAAUAGCAGUUACAUUCAACUAUAACAGUCUCAACAUAAUGAGAUUUAUUUUUCCUCCUUAUUGUGACGGCACUUGUUUCCAAAACAUCUUUCUUACCUUUCUGGGUUCGCAGUCUUUCAUAAAACUGGAGAGCAUCUAUUAUGUUGAGAAAACUGCAAAUAUUUUAUUUCACCCCUCUCUGUCUUUUUCUUGGUUAAAUACCAUUGCGUAAACUGUCACUGGAUGCACUGUUCCGUUAAGUCAUUAAUCAAAAACAGCAAAGCACCAUAUUGAUUGGAAGCUGGUGUUUGUCUGCCGUAGAUAAAAAGAGAUUAGACUUCCUCUGAUCGCAGAAAGAGUUCAUUGAACAACUUAUGUUUUAUGACAAAGAAAACUUCUCCAUAUUUUAUUUUACAAGGCCUCACAGUAGCUGCGCUUCCCUUCACCUGCACAAACAAAAGAACUGCAACUUGAUUGACUUAAGUAUUGGAUCUCGGAUCUCCGUCUCCUCUAACGUCAUGGCAAAUAGAUCUCUGUGAAAUGAUCUCGCCAUCUUUUAAUCUGCUGUAAGAUUUUCUUUCAACAUGUGUUGAUGAUAUUGGUGUGCUGGAAUGACUAUAUUUUGGUUGGUCGAUUUAGAGGUGCAGAACGUCAUGGUUAUUAAUUUACAAGUUGUUAGCAUUUUGGAACUAGAUUUCUAACUGGGUAAACAAAUCACUCUCUUCCAUUCUCUUGUCCCUGUAGGCGGAGGAGAAUGCUUGUCAGCUUAGAGGAAAUACUGGUGGUAAGGUUUCUGUACUUUGUAACGUCAAGGAGAGAUAGGAACCAAGGACCGUACACAUAGCUCGAAGUAUAUUUGGUUUAAGAAUGAAAAUUAACAGCUAUUUGUUAGAAUAUAUGUUCCCCACUUGUGAGACUACACUGAGUUUGUUGUUGUAUAUGCAGAAAAUAUGCGUCUAAUGUUUAUUCUAAACAAUGACAUGAGAAAAAGGUCACUUUCAGUUGUAAGUCGGCCAUGGUCGGGGUAAUACAUAGCCUCCAACUCUCUGCCUUCCAUGUUCCAUACUUUCCUUCUCCCAAUCUGUUCUAGUGCACGGGUUUCUGUUCCACGAGGGGUCACUCAGGGCAUUCAGUAUAGGAAGCGAGCAUAUGCUUGAAGAAGAUUGGGCUAGAAAAUCAAUGGAUAGGUGUAGGUGAAAGCUACUUAUAUUGAGUUUUCUGGAAAAUGCUAACUUAGGCUUUUAAUUUGAAUUUGUUCUAUGAAAUAAUAGCAAUGUCAUCUCUCACGUUUAUGUCUGCCCUCUUUCUCACCACUCUUUUGUUCCAUCUCAAGUCAGCAAGUGGCUAGAUCUCUUAGUAUCUGUACUUAGUGAUGAAUUUAUGUCCAUUUAUCGGUGUAGUAGUUCUGUUCUUAACAGUUUUGCAGGUUGCCUAAGUUCUUUGACAGAUGAUGACAAUCAGGUCUAUGUAACUUGCUGAGUCCUUGCUGUUGCAGUCCUACGUUCCUUUUGGUGUAUAAUUACAAGUUUACAAUGGCCAUGAUUUUGUCAUAGCGGUUUGUGUACAGUGGUGGUCAGUCGGGAAUUCUGAGAAGAGAAUUUAAAAGAAAUACAAGAAUGCCUCAUUGAACCAUCUUUAUCUCUAUACCAAAACAUUUUCUUUUUGUCAAGGAGAUUUAACAAUCAUAUGUAAGCAAACAAAGGGAUUUUACCCUAUUUGCGCUCUAUUAUUUUCCGACAUAGGGGAUUCAAUUAAACCCUCUUCCUUGCAUCUAAGUCUGCCCUUGGUUGUAGUGGGAAAUUGUCGUAUGGUUGCUUUGAGCUUGCUUGAGUCCGAAUUGGAAGCUUGACUUUUGCACGGCU